AUGCAUUACAAGGACUGUACUAACAAAACUCCACGCCAACACCGCCACGAAAACUCACAAUUGCUUACAUGCAAAACUCCAAAGAGUGCCAAGAAAGAAAAUCAGCACUCCUCACAGACAUUAGGAGCUCAGGAUUUUAAUAUUUCGUUUAAUAGAUCGAAAGGAGGCUUGAAAAAGCGAGAACUUACACCGUCUAGAAAUGCUAACUAUAGCGGUAUUGGUGGUGGUGAUCGUUUCAUACCGAAUCGAAGCGAAACACAUUUUGAAUAUGCAAAUCAUUGUCUAGUUCAUCAGAAUUUCGAGAAGAAUUCGAAACCAAGCUUGUCCUCAUCAGCACCAACAAGUCCAUCGCAUGCUGAAAAAGCAUAUUUUUUGAACCUCAUGCGUGCGCAGUCAAUAAAUGGCGGGAAUAUCAGUAUUGACGAUAGGAUACUGUGUUACAAAAAAGGACAAGCACCACCUCCACCUUUGGGUUAUAUGACUCAACCAAAAGUGCUGUAUACAUCAAGCGCUGUUAAACCAUCUGGAAGUGUCAGCAAAGGAUUACGCUUUAUACCGAAUAGCCCAGAACGAAUUUUGGAUGCACCCAAUUUCAUGGAUGAUUAUUAUAUGAAUGUAAUACAUUGGAGUUGCGAUAAUGUAAUCGCUGUUGCCUUGACUUAUGCUUUGUAUUUGUGGAAUGCCUCUACUGGUGAAAUUACGACACUUUUUGAGUUACCAGAAGAUAGUGGAAGUUACAUAACAUCUGUUCAGUGGGCAGAACAAAGCUCGAUUUUGGCGAUUGGUCUUUCGAAUGGUUAUGUCAAGUUAUUUGAUCCUGGAAAGGAAAACUCAUUGUUGCGAACAAUGCAGACCCAAAUUAGUCGAGUAGGAUGUUUGUCUUGGCGUCAGCAUGUUCUCUCAGCGGGCUGUCGAUCAGGUCGAAUAUACCACCAUGAUGUUCGUGUUCGAGAUUUUCAAAUCGGCUCGUUUUCUGGACAUAGGCAAGAAAUUUGUGGUCUAGUUUGGAGUCCUGAUGGUCAGUAUUUAGCAAGUGGAGGAGGUGAUAAUUUGGUUAAAAUUUGGGAUCCAUCACUGCUGAGUGCUGAAGAUCCGGUACAAUUACCACUAUACAACUUCAGUGAUCAUCUUGCAUCAGUUAAGGCACUAGCAUUCAAUCCCCAUCAGGCACAUUCACUAGCAACAGGAGGUGGUACUGUCGAUCGAACAAUCAAAUUUUGGAAUCUUGCUAGUGGAACUCUGUGUCGUAGUGAAGAUACAAGCAGUCAGGUGAAUGCGCUUGCUUUCACGCCAAACUAUAAGGAAUGUAUUAGUGCUCAUGGAUAUCCCACUAAUGAUUUGAAAAUAUGGAAAUUACCAUCCAUGAAGUGUCUGAAGACUUUGAAAGGCCAUACGGAACGAAUUCUGGGUUUAACAAUAUCACCGUGUGGUCAGUAUGUAAUGAGUGCAUCCAGUGAUGAAAGCCUUCGGCUUUGGUGGUGCUUCAAAGUUGAUAAGAGCUCUAAAUCAAAGUUAGGUGCGAAAAAUUCCCGUUUAAUUCAGUGUGUUCGUUGA